AAUGCGAAAUGCGAAGUGAAUAUGAAAUAUUUCCGAGUUUUUGACACGUAGAGUUUGGGUCAUGGAUUGAGCCCAUUUUGCCUGCCAUCCCAAUGCUACAGGCGAUAUUAAUAUCAAGCUCGUAGUCUGUUACAAUGAGUAGUCUUCAUCCUUGUGAGUUAUAUAUCACCGACUAUAAUCUAGAAUGCGAUCUGUUAUUAUUCUCACCCUCUGCCUGGGGAUGGCGAUGUCUCUGUCAGGCGCUGCGAUCCGAACAACGACCCGAAUUGCGCAGGGCCCUGCUGCUGUGCCGGGCCCUGCCCAAAGAAAUACCCUCCUUGUUACCCUCCUUGUCAUUAAAGAGUUACGCUGUGGUAUUUUGUUGAAUUAUCCUAUAUGCCUAGCACAACGAAGCGCAUAUAUGGGUAGGGGCUUUUGCUCGCGAUUGAGGCGAGUCAUAGAGAAGGCGACUAAUAUAGUCGUAGUUUGUUCUACAAAGCACAUACGUUGAUGAUUUUCGGGACAUGCACACUUGUCUUCAAACGAUUAUACUUCUCAAAAUACCCUGAUUCCAAUCAAAAGAAAAUCUUCUGCCUAG